GGCCGUGCCGCGCGGUGGCUGCCGGGUGCCGCGGGCCGGCCUGUCCCUCGCCUCUCCCCUCCCCCAGGCCCCGCCCCCUCGGCCGCUCCGCUCCCUGGCGUGACUCGGCACUGAGAGAGCGCCGCGGGGAGAAGACGCCGCGGCCGCCGCCUCCUCAGUCCAGGCCUGGGCCUUCCCGCUCCUCCCGCCGCUUCCUCCCCCGGGACCGCUCCUCCUUCAGGUUUGAAGCCGGCGGCGUCGCGGCCGCCCUGCCCAGGCUCUCCGAGAAUGGUGGGCGUAAAGCCGGUCGGGAGUGACCCAGAUUUCCAGCCGGAGCUGAGCGGCGCGGGCUCCAGACUCGCCGUGGUCAAGUUCACCAUGCGGGGGUGUGGACCGUGUUUAAGGAUUGCCCCAGCAUUCAGUUCUAUGAGUAAUAAGUAUCCCCAGGCAGUUUUCUUGGAAGUAGAUGUACAUCAGUGUCAGGGAACGGCUGCCACCAACAAUAUAUCAGCAACACCUACGUUUCUGUUUUUUCGAAACAAAGUGAGAAUUGAUCAGUAUCAAGGAGCCGAUGCUGUGGGACUAGAGGAAAAAAUCAAGCAGCACUUAGAGAACGACCCUGGGAGCAACGAGGACACUGAUAUUCCAAAAGGCUAUAUGGAUUUAAUGCCUUUUAUUAACAAAGCUGGCUGUGAAUGUCUUAAUGAAAGUGAUGAGCAUGGAUUUGACAACUGUUUACGAAAAGACAUGACCUUCCUGGAAUCUGAUUGUGAUGAACAGCUUCUUAUUACUGUGGCAUUCAAUCAGCCUGUUAAGCUUUAUUCAAUGAAAUUUCAAGGGCCAGAUAAUGGUCAGGGUCCUAAAUAUGUAAAAAUUUUUAUCAAUCUACCGCGAUCUAUGGAUUUUGAAGAGGCAGAAAGAAGUGAGCCAACUCAAGCUCUGGAGCUAACAGAGGAUGAUAUUAAAGAAGAUGGUAUUGUCCCUCUUCGUUAUGUUAAGUUUCAGAACGUUAACAGUGUAACUAUAUUUGUUCAGUCCAAUCAAGGUGAAGAAGAAACAACAAGAAUUUCAUAUUUUACUUUUAUUGGGACUCCAGUCCAGGCAACAAAUAUGAAUGACUUCAAACGAGUAGUUGGCAAAAAAGGAGAAAGCCACUAAAGGUACAAAAGACACUGGAAGACCAUAUUGCAAUCAGAUCUACAGCUCCUGGAUAAUUGCUUGAUUCUCGCCAGAGACUUUCAAUAUUUCAUUCAUUUCCAUUACCAAUAAAUCAUUGCUCUUGUUCAGAUGGUAUCACUAGUGUUUCUAUUGUAACCUUAAUACAUGCUAUUGUAAAUAAAAGUAACUACUUUUGCCAAGCUUAAUUUUUGUUGUUCUAAAUAAGUAUUUUCUCUUUCCAUUUAUGUGAAAAUUGGACACCUUCUGAUUUUAGCAGAGACUUCAGUGUCUGCUCGUGUAUUGAUCAAAAGCCCGUUUCCCUCUUCAGAGGAGCAGAACUGCUUUAGGAACUGAGGAGUGUAUGUGCACUCAUGUGCUCACCGCAUGUGAUUCUGACAAGUGGACUUGGAAAGGCCAGCUGUGUUCAGACUCAUAGGUUGGUUAAACAGCAGUUGGGCAUCUGGGCUAUAGAAGACACCCAAAUUAUGAACUACCAGAAAUAAAUAAGUUUAAUGAGACUUAACUGUUCCCACCUAAGACUGUCAGUGGGACCACAGAUUUGAUACCCUUUGGAUAAACUUAAAACUUGAUUCAUCUUUAUCAACAUGUUGAAAGGUAUGUUGAAAAUAUAUGUUGAAAUCCAACAGUAGGAAAAAAUAAAGUACUGUGAAUUCAUGAAGCAGCAGGAAUUGAUAUCUUUUCAUGAAGUACUUAUUAUUUUAACUACCAAAUGAUGAAGUGUAAAUAUACAGAGAACUUGGUUUAAGGUUGAAAAUGAAUUGGCCACGUGUAUGUUUAAAAGGUCUUUCACAAAAGGCUGGCAAGACCAUCUGUUCCAUAUGACUUAAAAAUCUUAAACUAACCUAGAAAGGAUUAAUUUUUUAAAUUUUUCUAUUUUUAAAACUAAAAUUUGAUUUUUAAAUUUGAGUAUUUAAAAAAUUCAGUUUGAAAAGAGUAUAUAAGACAAUUUUGAUUCAGUUAAUAGUAAACUUGAGGGCCUGUUUGUCUAGAACUAUGACCAAGAUACUGAUUUGCCUUUGAGACACCAAUGUAUUUAUAUAUGUUUUCUGAAAAAAAAAAAAAAUGUUCAAGUGUUUGUGGUAAUCACUUUCUGAAACCCUAGUGUCACUAAGUAAUGUUGUGCUUUGUAUGGAAGCACAUGAGCUGGUCUGUGGGGAUGUCUGCAUAGCUUAUGUACUUCCUGAUUAUAUUGCCUUGGAUCAAAUGGAAACAGGCAAGAAGUAAACUAAAUAAAAGUUUAUGAAACACUC